AUGAGUCUUGUGGAGUCAACUGCAGCAUUCUACCAAAGGUGCGACGAGAUCACAUCAGAUGGAUCUCUUCGUGUUGCCCUCGAUGCACAGGAGAUCAAAAACCACAGCUUUCAGGGCAUCAAGAUUGACCAGUUGGUACGUGCAGACCGCGAGAUGUGGACGCUGUUAGCACAGGAAGUUACGGGCAGCCUGAAAAUGCAGGGCACUGUCAUCCCUUUGGAUGGCCAUGUCACAAGGUUGUCAACAGAUCCUAGGGUGACGAUGCUGUUGCUGCCAUUACCAUCAAGCCAACGUGUCACAGAUGCUGGAGAUAAACCAAAGCCUGCAGUGAAGCCAGCACCGCGACCAACUCCAAAGAACAACAGUGGAAAGCGAAAGACCAGAGCUGAAAGGAGUUGUCCAGAAGAGCUUCGAAACUACACCACCAAGGAUACUUUGGAAGACUCAGGUGGGGAAAAGGAGGAACACGAGGCCGCAUUUUGCGCAGAAGCCUUACAGGAAGCCUUCGUCUCCGAAAGCGAGACGGACAUAGAGAUGGAUGAGACACCAAAAGGUGACAAUCCGACUGUUUUCACUGGUGCUUCCGAGGAGUUGGACAAAGGCUAUCCAAAGCAGCUCACCAAUGCGGGUUCCGCACCAUGGCUGUUGACCAUUCCUCUGCAAGGACUUGUGGCUUUCCUAUCUGUGUUUUUGAUCUUACCGAUGCCGACGACCUUGCCCAUCUCUUACAAUGUAUAG